CUCUCAGUUUAAAGCGGCUAACCGGUACGCUAAAAGCUUGGCAACUCUCUCCAAAUUCUGUUCCGAAGAAGAAGCCUCGUCUCGGAUUAGGGUUAGGGUUUCUGUGUUUUCUCUUUCUUCCGUGUAACUUCUACGUUUCCCUUCGUCGCUCCAAGAGCUAUGGACUCUGCUCUAGUGAUCAAGGUGAAAUAUGGAGAUACCCUCAGGCGCUUCAGUGCUCGUGUUGAUGAGAAUAAUCGGCUGGAACUUGACAUGGUUGACUUGAGGGCAAAGAUAUGUUCUAUCUUCAGUUUCAGUGCUGAUGCAAAUUUAAUUCUGAGAUAUGUUGAUGAAGAUGGUGACUUGGUGACUCUAGUUGAUGAUGAUGAAUUGCGUGAUGUGAUGAGGCAGCAAUUGAAGUUCUUGAAAAUUGAUGUACACAUGAACAAUGACAGUGGGGGUAAAUCAAAUGCUGGGUCUAGUGGAAGUGCCACCCCCAUAGAAUCUUGUCCUGCCUCAAGCCCAUUUCUGUUUAGAAAUGCUAUGCUACGUGAACAUCUUUCUAAAAAAGCAGCAUCUUCAAGUCCUGUGGUUGAUAAUCUUGCUGAUUCAAUUUUGAAAAUGGGACUAAUCCAGCCUGGUGAUGCAGCUGGUAGAAGUUCAAAAACUAGUGUUCCUGAAGAACCUAUCCCUAAAGCAAUGGGUCCACAAUCUUCACAUGUGGACUCAGCUUCCAAUGCCAGUGUCAAUAGUGAUAGUGCCACCCUGUUGAGAUCUCCAAUUCCAAACCCAUCUCUGAGUGGAAAUGCUGUUAAAGUUGACAUCUCAUGCUCUGUGCCUGAGCCAAUAUGCCAGUUUCUUUCCAAUUUAUCAAGUUCAAAUUCUGCAUCCUCAAGUCAGCUGCCUGCAAAUCUCACUGAUUUAAUUUCCCUAGUGCCUGAACCACUACGCGAGUUUCUUUCUAAUUUAUCACGUUCAAAUGCUGCAUCUUCAAAUCAGCUGCAACAUCUCACUGAUUUAAUUUCCCGAAAAUCUGUUCUAAAUUCUCAUUGCCAGCCUCAUGUUUCAACCGGUCCAUUCACAAAAAAUGGUGUUCCUGAAGAACCUAUCACUUUUGAAGCAAGAGGUCAACAGAUCCCAUCUGCAGACUUGGCUUUCAAUGCCACUCAACAAGUGGAGGCAGGAGUUGCCCCUGUUGAUCUCAAUGUCCCUCCUUUUGAUCCUUUUUUAGCUCAGUUCCCUGAUGGUGAUGGCAAGAAGGGUGAAAUGCUGGCUGUCAAUAGUUCUGCUAGUAAGGAUGACAAUAGUGGGAUAUGCUCAAGUUCUGCUGGUCCUAAUAACAAUUCUACCCAGACUACAUCAUUGACUUCUGGUGCUUUCAUUGACUGUCCUGGGUCAUAUUAUUCUUGGCCACCUCCACUUCCUGGAAACUAUAAAAUGCCCCCAUUUAAAAGGAGCCAUAGUCACACUGAUGCAAUGUCUGGUAUGUUCCAUAAGGGGGUCCGCUGUGAUGGCUGUGGUGUCUAUCCAAUAACUGGACCUCGUUUCAAAUCCAAAGUAAAGGAAAAUUAUGAUCUUUGCAACAUUUGUUUCAAUGAAAUGGGUAAUGGGACAGAUUACAUCAGAAUGGACCACCCUGCAUCUGCUCGUGGCCCUCGAUGCGUAUAUGGACAUACAAAAAACUUUCCAACAUUACCACCACAUAUUUUAAAGAAAGGUGCCAUUUUGAAGCAUGCAAGGCCAAGGCUAGAUAGUCGGUUUAUUUUGGAUGUCAAUGUGAUAGAUGGUACAAUGAUGGCUCCGUCUACCGCAUUUACAAAGAUCUGGCGGAUACGCAAUAAUGGCUCUAUAGUCUGGCCCAAGGGAACUCAACUUGUUUGGAUUGGAGGAGACAAGUUUAGUGACUUUCAUUUAGUUGACUUACAGGUUCCCGAGGAUGGUGUCCCUGUGGAGAAGGAACUUGACAUUGCAGUUGACUUUACAGCACCUCCGUUACCUGGUCGAUACAUAUCAUACUGGAGGAUGACAACUCCAUCUGGACAUAAAUUUGGCCAACGUGUUUGGGUCCUUAUACAGGUUGAUGCAUCUCUCCAGGACUCAUUUUAUGAUACCUCUCAAGGUCUGAACUUGAAUAUUCCCCUUGAUAUCAGUGGCUCUAAAGGACCUCAGAUUAUAGAUAUCAAUGUCCAGCCUACUGAGGAAGAUACUGUUCUUCAAACCCGCAAUCCUAAUGCUCCCAUUGAACCUGUGAAUCAAAUGGUUGAUAAUGAACCAAGGUUUGAGCUGGAAAAUGAAUUCCCUAUAAAUGAAGCUACAUUUGUUGGCCCUGCUGCCUCAGCCCCUGCUGCAACCCCUGUGGCAUCUUCAUCAGUUUCUUAUCCUAUUAUUGAUUUAUCUGAAACAACCCCAGCUGUUCCAUCUAAUCAGCAAUCCUCAACUGUGGAUGUGCCUUCAUCAUCUAUGGGGACUGGUGGAAUUAAUUCUGUGGAGGAGAGUCUACUUAAAGAGCUUGAGGAGAUGGGUUUUAAACAGGUUGAUUUGAACAAGGAGAUCUUGAGGAAUAAUGAGUACGAUCUGUACCAAUCCCUAGACUUUCUCUGUGGUGUUUCUGAGUGGUAGUGGGACCAUCCAUUUGCUUGCAGAGUUACGGGAGAUGGGUUCCCGUGACAGAGAUGAAUAAGAGGCUGCUUGAGAAAAACAAUGGAAGCCUCAAACGUGUUGUUAUGGAUUUAAUCAACGGCGAGCAGUAUUUUAGUUGAAAUGUUAGUUAAUAGUAGUUUAUGUAAAGGUGGCGACUUGGGCUUCUUUACAGUUUAAGCCUUGUUAUUUUGAUUUAUAUAAAAUAUUAAAACUUUAAAAUCGCCAAUUUCUAUCUAACCGUGGGGCUUUAAUUGACCCCUGAAAAGAAGGGUGGAUAAUUAAUUAUUCAUUUUUUUUAGUAAGGCUUGCGGCCUUUUUCCUCCUCCUCAUCGUACGAGGGGGUGCAUGAUGCCGGCAAGAAGUGAUAUUUUAUUUUUAUUAUUGGCUUCAUACCUGUCACCAUCUUGUCUUUGAGGAUGAGUUAUAGCAGAAUAUAAGAGAACAAUUUCAAUGGGCAUUAGAAAGUUCGGAG